GCGCCAGGGGCGCCCGAGAUCUGAGAAGGCAACUCCGGAGCGGGGCGGAACAGAGCGGAGCCGAGCGAGAUCCUCCCCUGUUCUCUGGCGGGAAAACCCUGAGGAGAUUUUUCUUUUCUUUUUUUUUUUAAGUUUUGUGAAAUCUGAGGAUGGGGAGUCCAGACGACUAAAUCCCACUUUCCUGUGGCACUGUAGCCGGAAAACUGUCGAGACCUGUGGAUAAAUUCAUGGAAUAAGAAAAGAUGGCGUCUAGAGUAAAUACCAGUUUAACUUUGAUACCCAACCAGAAAUGUAAACGUACUAACCACCAGUCCAGCUAUUUUUUCAACACCCCUGAUUUAGAUCCUCAACUCUUAUCUACGCUUGGAAAUUUUAAAGUCUUACCAUUGGAAAUAUUCCACAUAAUUUUAAGAUAUUUGUCAGUGAAGGAUAUUGGCAUGUUAAGCAUGGUGUCCAAAACAGUCAGCCAGCAUAUAAUUAAUUAUAUCUCAACUUCAUCUGGAAGUAGAAGACUUUUAAUCCAGAACUUUCAUAACCUUGAUCUGUCUGGCACAGAAGAUACUCAUCUACGGGAGCACUACAGAGCUCUAGGUCUACUAUUUAAAAGAUGCACCUUGCUGCUUCCCACCAAGGACAGACUAAAAUACAUUCACAAGAUACUCUCAGAAGUUUCCUGUUUUAAAUUCAGCGGCUGUUCAGCUCCUUUGCAAUGUUUAGGAUUACCAUGUUAUGGCAUAUUUUUACAGACCUUAACAGCGGGUUGGGAUGAACUUGAGUGCCACCGUGUUUAUAACUUCUUAUGCGAGUUGACUAAUCUCUCCCGUAAGAUGCAGACUGUUGUCUGUAACAAAGCAGGAAGUGCCCGAAAGCUGGAGUUAAGGAUUAGACUGUUCUGUAGAAAUGUUCUCCUUGAUCACUGGACACAACGAAGUGAUUCUGCAUUUUGGUUGACUCGAAUAUUAAAACCAUGGCCAAUGGUGAAUCAGGCAAGAUUGCUAUAUAUUAUCUUUGGACCAACAUCUCCUCAGGAUGGGCAGGUGAUUUGGCAGGAAAUGGUGGAAGGGCCCACAGAUGAAUCCAGUCUGAAAGGUUUGGCUAAUGCCAUUAAGCUACUGUAUGACACAGGUACCAAAGAGUGGACAGCAGAUGAUGUUAUCAGUCUUGUAGAUGAACUAUCAGUGGUUCCCAGGGAAUGGCUGCUGGAGAAUAAUGCACGCCUUCUAAUCCUGAGCGGGAACAACAUCUGCUUCACUUUCAUGGCUAGUAAAGCUGUGAACGGAAGGGCCAUCGAGCUGGCAAGACUCAUAGUCUUUUUGGCUUUGGUGUGUGAGAAGGAGCUGUACUGCAUGGACUGGACAGUGAGAAUGAUGCAGAAGGUCUGCAAGGUCUUCAGCACUGCAGCAGAGAGAAAGAGCUUCCUGCAGAGCGUGGCCAAUGCCUUUGCCUGUGUCACCAUGGAAAUGCUGCAGCCUAUCAUGUCUGGAGAGCGUGAUGAUGAUGACAGAGGCUUCCUGAAUUUGUUCCAUCUCCUGCAUGCUCAGGCGAACUUCCACAAGGAGGUGCUGUACUUGUCCAUGAGUACUUCCUCCUCCUAAGUCAAGAACCUUGUCACUUAAAGACCGUGUCACCAGACUAGUGCUUAGGAGAGUGAUGAUUUUUCACAUCCAAGGGUAGCACCUGUUGGACUUCUGAUAAUCUAAUUAACUAGAAACUCCAGCUGCACAGGAUUAUAGCUGUAAGUGCUUUACUCUGAUUAAUGUCAAAUAACAAGCAAACCCAAGAAUGUGUUGUUACUUUUCUAGAAAAUGAGCUCUGCCUCUCCAGGUCUUGGUAAACUCAGAAUGUUAAACUGUCCAAGAGUCUGCAGCCUGCUUAACCUAUUUGUGUGACUCUUCAGGAGCUAAUUCUGCUUUAUUCAGAACAGAUUCACAUUUGCUAACUAGUGCUAUCUGUUCACUUUGCUUAGGUUGAGCAAAUAUGGCCCAAAUGUUUGUGAGGAUUUGUAAUAUUGUUUUAGAAUGUUCUUUAUGUAAGUCACAUUCUUUACCACCUUCUCAGCAUAUGGUUACAAAAUAAAUCUUAUAUUUCAUUUAUAUUUUGUAUGAACUAACAGAAUGCAUGCUAUAUGUAUAUUUUAUACAUAUAGACACAUAUACAAUAUAUUUUCUGCAAGACAAUCAUACAAAAGGUCUACAAAUAGAGGAUCUUCAGAUAAUGGAAUCAUCUUGUAAUUUCCCUGGGGAUUAGAGCAGAGAAUUGAAGCAGGAGAUAAACAUAAUGAAAGUAAAUUGCCAGAACAAUCUUCACAAGUAACUCCCACUUCUUGGUAAGCCUGUCCUCCCUAUCCCAGAAAGUAGGCUUUGAUGAUGGGAACUGAAAGCAUACAUGCUCAGAGUAGCCAGAGAGCAGAGACAGGCAGAAAGAACUCCAGGCCAAUUGAGAAGACCUACCACUCCCUUCACCUCCACUUCCUAGGAAGGGACCUGAACCGCAGGGAACUCUAGAGCUCUUGCUUUCUCUUCCCAUGCCCUGGUCCCCGGCCCCCAGUCAAAUGCAAGGCUUUGUAUGAGCUAAAGGAGCCCUCUACCUCUGAACUGGAUCCCUAGCCCACCAGUACCUUCCCACUGGACUUCUUUUCCUCAAAACACUGGGAGAUAAGGAAAUUGUCUUCAAUGGCAGGGUGUAAAGAAAAUUCAUGAAUUUAACAAAAGGGCUCAGAAAAUUUGAUAGGACUGGGGAGCAGUGAAAAUUGUGGAGAAAUAAAAAUUGUGAUAACACCAUCAAUACAGAAGGAUCAAAAUUAA